AUGGCGAGCAUCAGGCGUUUCUUCUACUCCCAACUUUUUGUCACACCUCCCAAGCCCACCGGCGACCUAACUGGCAAGACUGUCAUCGUCACUGGCUCUAAUGUCGGUCUUGGGAAGGAAGCCGCACGUCACUUCACCCAGCUCAACGCCUCCACCGUCAUCCUCGCCGUGCGCUCCAUCGAGAAAGGCGAGGCAGCGCGCAAGGACAUCGAAUCUACCACAGGCCGCAGCAAUGUAGUCAAAGUCAUGCAACUCGACAUGUCAUCCUACCAAUCCGUCCUCGAUUUCGCCCAGAACGCGAGCAAAGAACUCGACCGAGUCGACAUCGCAGUUCUCAACGCCGGCGUAACCCGCGCCGCAUGGGAAGUUUUCGAACAAGACGAGUCUACCAUCACCGUGAACGUCGUUUCCACCUUCCUGCUGGCUUUUGCGUUGUUGCCCAAGCUCAAGGAGACGGCAAGCAAGUUCAACACCAGACCCACGCUUACCAUUGUGAGCUCCGAGGUGCAUGAGUGGGCAACUUUCGAUGAGAGGAAUGCGCCUGAGGGGAAGCUUUUUGAGAGAUUGAACGAGAAGGUCGUUGAUGGGAAGGAAGUUAGCCUGAACAACCGGUAUCAAGUCAGCAAGCUACUGGAGGUACUCUUUGUCCGCGCGUUCUGCGAGCGAUACCCUGAAUCGGCUAUUCCUGUCACCGUUAACCUUGUCAACCCUGGAUUCUGCCAUUCGUAA